AUGCGCUGUUCUUUCAGCUGCAGCUGCACGGAUGUGAUCCAGGUAUCUAAGAAAUACCUUCCAGGGAUGGCAGUGGGCUAUUCCAGUGCUAAGCUGACCUUGCACGUGGGAGAUGGUUUUGAGUUCAUGAAACAAAAUCAAGAAGCCUUUGAUGUGAUUAUCACGGACUCGUCUGACCCCAUGGGUCCUGCAGAAAGCUUAUUCAAAGAAUCCUACUACCAGCUGAUGAAGACAGCUCUGCGAGAAGAUGGGAUUCUCUGCUGCCAAGGUGAGUGCCAAUGGCUGCACCUGGAUCUCAUUAAGGAGAUGCGUCAGUUCUGCAAGUCUCUCUUUCCUGUGGUGGAAUAUGCCUAUUGUACCAUCCCCACGUAUCCCAGCGGGCAGAUUGGCUUCAUGCUGUGCAGCAAGAACCCGAACACAAAUUUCCGGGAGCCUGUGCAGCAGCUCUCACAGCAACAAGUAGAGGAGAGGAGUCUGAAAUACUACAACUCUGACAUCCAUCGAGCAGCUUUCAUCCUGCCGGAGUUUGCACGGAAGGCCCUGAGUGAUGUGUGAGACUUGAGAAGCUGCUUUCUCCCUUCAAGUUGGACCCUGAGAUCAUCGGUGAUGUGGUGGGGAAUCUCCCAGCAGACUGCAGAUUUGCUCCCCACUGUGCGGGAUUUUUAACCCUUUGCCAGCCAACAUUCCUACUGACGAUAUGUGAAAGAUGAUGGGGCAUAAGCCACCUAAGACUAUUGAAAAGCUCCAGUGACUUAUUGCGUGGGGUCAAAACUGUUCUUUCCAGUGCCGGAAACGUAAGAUGUCUUUUUUUCCUUUCUCCUCCCCCUCCCUGCACCCUUUUUAUAUCCCCUCUCCCUCUUUCCCCCCCUCUCCCCCCAGCUGACAUGGUAUAUUUAUAACUGACAUGUAUUUCUGUCUGGCGAUCUUCUGAAACUUGGGAGGAGUCCAGAAGGUUCACUAACUCAGCCUUAAACACAGAGAGCAAGAGCUUUGUGUGGAAAGUUAGCUUGCUCUCUCCUAACGGGAGCUCCCUGCUGCUGAGACGUUUUGACCGGUAACAGGUCUGAGCCUUCAUGUCCCACUGCCCUUCUGUGACACCUGCACUGCUCUGCAGCACAGUUGGAGAAGUCACAGUGCAAACCGCUGUCAUUCACAGUAGGUCUCCUUCCAACCCUGAUGGAGCAGCAGCAGUAUUAAACACCAGCCAGGCAGGCUGGCAGCAAAGUUUUGUGGCUUUUUUUUUUUUUUUUUUUUU